AUGCCUGACAUCACCACGCUACCGAGUUACCCACUUGCCCUGGAGGAGGAUCAAGACGUUGAGGCUAUUCCAAGCCACCCUUUGGGCGUCAAACCAAGUGGCAAUGCGCUGCUUGCUACUUCAAAUCUUCGCUCCGCUAUCGGAACAUGGCAGCUUCUACCCGACGAGCUAAUCCUAUUAAUAUUUGAAUACCUAAAUGGACGCGAUCUACUGGGUAUUGGGCGAACAUGCAAGGCAUUUUAUGCAUUUACCCGUGCUGAGGAUUUAUGGAAGACUCUAUUCGUUAGCUCACCACCGGAAUCAUUCACAUGGCGAGGUACAUGGCGGUCAACAUAUCUCAACCUACCACAAACAAAGGUGCCUCAAGUGGACUGUUCAAAUCUCUACUCAGACGCACUUUACCGCCCAUUCAACUGCGCACACAUCAAAUUGGAACCAUACGUCUGUAAUAUUCCAACGCGCAACCAAAUUCCUCGAUUACCCGAUCUCUCCCCCGAAGAGUUCCAUGAAAAAUGGGCUGACCGCCCCUUCAUCCUCUCCGACCCAGUCAAAGAGUGGCCAGUCUACAAAAACUGGACAGUCGGAACCCUACUCUCAAAGUAUGGACCUGAAGAAUUCCGCGCUGAAGCUGUGAACUGGUCUCUACGCACUUAUGGCGACUACAUGGCCGACAAUGCGGACGAAAGUCCGCUCUACUUAUUUGACCGCAACUUUGUUUCAAAAAUGGGACUUGCAGUUGGAUCAUCGACUGAGACACCCGAUGCUGCAUAUUGGCCGCCAGCGUGCUUUGCAGAGGACUUCUUCUCAGUGCUCAGCGACAACAGACCCGAUCAUCAGUGGUUGAUUGUUGGGCCAGAGCGGUCGGGGAGCAAGUUCCAUAAAGAUCCGAAUGCCACGAGUGCAUGGAAUGCGGUGUUGAGGGGACCUAAAUAUUGGAUUAUGUUCCCAUCUGGCGAGACAAGAGAACCACCGCCUGGAGUCUUUGUCUCGGAUGACCAGAGCGAGGUUACCUCUCCACUUAGCAUUGCGGAGUGGUUGCUUACAUUCCAUGCUGAGGCGCGACGGACCGCAGGCUGUAUGGAGGGAAUCUGCGAAGGGGGUGAAAUUCUACAUGUCCCAUCUGGGUGGUGGCAUCUGGUCGUCAACCUUGAACCAUCUAUUGCCAUUACACAAAAUUUCAUUCCCCGGGCUCAUCUCACCGCGGCGCUUGACUUCUUAUCUAACAAGGCUGACCAAGUCUCUGGGUUCAAGAAGAAUGUGGAUGACCCAUACCAGAGGUUUGUCGAUGGAAUGCAAAGCGCACACCCCGAGCUUUUGGAAGAAGCGCAAGAAGAACUACAGAAGCGAGCAGAGGGAAAGAAACGUAAAUGGGACGAUAUUGUCCAUGGAACAACUGGAGAUUCCAAAGAGCAAGAAACCGGGGGAUUCAGCUUUGGAUUUGGAGAUGAUGGGAGUGAUGUUGAAGUCCCAUAA